AUGCCUCCCGCACCACCCUCCUUUGGUUCCCGAGAAUACUGGGAGAAGCGCUUCACCUCGAACUCGAAUCCUUUCGAAUGGCUAGAAGCGCCGACAGCACUUGACCCGUACCUGGUUGCUGCGCUGAAAGAGACAACGGAGCCAGAGCUGGAGCUACUGCAUAUCGGCUGCGGGACGUCGUUACUCUCCUACCACCUGCGAGCGCAUGUCCCAAAUCCGGAACACAUACAUAAUCUAGACUAUUCAGAGGUCGCAAUUGAAGUCGGGAGGAAGAGGGAGCGCCAGACCUCGAAAUCACCUCCGCCCGAUGCACAGGAGCCAAGGAGUGCUUCAUACAUGCGCUGGUCGGCCGCAAACUUGCUCGACUACUCCUCGCUUCUUGAGGCCUGCAAGCCGUCCGCCUAUUCGAUCAUCGUCGAUAAGUCAACUUCGGACUCUAUAGCGUGCUCGGAGGAUCUCGUCGUUCCGCUCCCGUACCACAUUACAGCAACGCCGAAUCCAGCGUCAAAUCCAAAUUUGACUGAAUCGCCCGAACCACUUCACCCUCUACAUAUUCUCGGCGUACACCUAGCUCUCCUUACGAAACCAAAAGCUCGAUGGAUAUCGCUUUCUUACUCUAUGGAUCGAUACCCCUUCAUACCUCUUCCUCCACCAACGCCUCUACCCGCCCGAUCGGGGACCGGAGACGCAUCGACACCAGCAUACGAAUCAGAGCCAAUACCCACCCCUACCGGGUUCCCGGACCCCAGCACGCUCUGGACUUUGAUUGGCAAGUAUGAUAUAGAGGUGCCGCAACCGCAGUCACCGAGCGGAAGUAAUGGUUCCACGACGACGCAUAGACCCAAAGUCAUGCACUGGGUGUACGUGCUAGAGAGAACAAAUGUAAAGGUCUUCGCUAGAAGGGAGUCAUGA